AUGCCGUUCUCGCACCGGCCGACGCUGAAGCAGUCGAACAAGCGGUUCAAGUCUGGGCAUGCGACAAAAGGCGCGCUGAAACGCGCUUCCAAAGGUAAAAGCGAAGCGGCCCCGUCGCGCGACCACAAAGCUACUCCGCUGCGCACCGCCGGCGGCGCUGAAGGAUCGCGGAGCAACCGCCGGAACGAAUCCAAGCAAGCUUCGCAGCAGAAACGCGCUGCACUGCUCGAAAGCACACGUGUUUUUCAAGGCGCACUUGGCGGUGCUGGCUUGCGUGGCGAGCAGCGCACAGGAUCGACACACGGAGUGCAAAAAGCCGGAGCGCCGCGCAUCUGUGCCGUCGUGCCGCUCAGCUUCGACUGCGAUGCAUGGAGUGCAGUGCAGACACUUGAGCAGCAUGGAGAUGCGCUCGGUGUAUCUGCUGUGCCGGGCUACAGCGUUCAAGAAGCACAGGCCAAGCACCUCUCUUUCUGCGAGCUCGAUGCCACGCGUUUCCGCCAAACGAUCCAGUUUCUGCCGCUGCCUUUUGGCGCACUACUCCCGAUCAUGGACGCAGUGCGCAGCUCGGAUUUCGUCGUGUUCCUUUUGUCGGCGCAUGCAUCUAUUGAGCCGGGCUCGUGGGGUGAACUGUGCUUGCGUACACUGCAAGCACAAGGCAUGCCGCUGGCGCUUGCAGCAGUGCCGACUGUCCGCACAGCCGACGAUGAGCCAUGGGCAAAGUCGUCCAAGAAGCAUGCCCAAACCAAAGAUGCACAGGGCGUGCGCAAGAGUUUGCUUAGUUUUGUGCAGUAUUUCUGCCCCGAGGUAAAAAAGAUGCAUGAUUUGGAGGAUGCAGCGAGUCGGAGCUUGCUGGUGCGCACAGUAGCGACAAGUACACCAAAGCGCGUAGCAUGGCGUGAUUUUCGGUCGUGGUGCAUUGCCGAAGAUGCCGAGUACGUGCCGCGCGACGACGGGCUUGGUUUGCUCAAAAUCCAGGGCUGGAUCCGCGGCGUGCCUCUGAGUGCGAACCGGUUCGUCCAUGUCCCAGACUUUGGCGAUUUCCCUGUGGAAAGGAUUCUGUAUGCACCGCGUGGUGCGGCAUGGGAGGCGGCAGAUGUCUCGAUGGAGCAGGACGCGCCGCAAAAACUCGUGCCUGGCACGGUGCUUGAUACUAGGAAUGAAGAGGAGGCCGACGAGCGUGCGAGUGAGAACGAGGUUGAUGCGCUCGCGAACGAGCAGACGUGGCCUACGGAAGAAGAAAUGGCACAGGCGCCUGCGGCCAUGGGCGACGCAGCGAUGGAUUUGCCGCCUGCGCCGCGAGGAACCACGCCGAAAUCCAUUUCACAAGCUACCACCGACGCACAGAAGCGAUACCAAGCGGCGUGGGUUAUAGAGAGUGAUGACGAGGACGAUGAUGACGAGGAGGAGGAAGAAGAAGAGGAAGAAGAGGAAGAAGAGGAAGAAGAGGAAGAAGCAGAAGAAGCAGAAGCAGAGGAUAUGGCAGAAGACAUGGCCGCAGAUAUCGACACUGCCGCCGUAGACGACGGCUCUACAGAAGAACAGGAAGAGUACAAUGACGAUAUGGACCGUGCCGCAAUUGAAGAGUAUAUUGCGCACAAACAAAGCGAGCGCGAGAUCAGCAAGGGCGCUGCGCAGGACGCCGUAUUCCCCGACGAGGUAGACACGCCUGUUGAGAUCCCUGCGCGCCAACGUUUUGCGCGAUUCCGCGGGAUGGAGUCGCUCUACACAAGCGCAUGGGACCCAUACGAAGACCUGCCUCAAGACUACGCAAGGCUCUACCAAUUUGACGAUUUCACCAAGACACGCAAGCGCGUCGAGACGAAUGCGCUUAUGGAAGGUGUAUCCCCUGGCAUCCGCGUCUCGAUCUGGCUCAGCGACGUUCCCCCUCAAGCCGCAGAGCGGGCCCUGCGCAGCACAGGCGGUGCGCCGCCCGACCCCAAGAAGAAAUCCGAGACGCCUUUUGUGCUCUUUGGCCUCUUGCGUCACGAGCACAAAAAGAGUGUCGUCAACUUUACCGUCACGCGCAACACAGAGUAUGACGCGCCAGUCCGGUCCAAGGACCCCCUCCUUGUAUGCCUUGGCUUCCGGCGGUACAUGGCGAGUCCUGUCUACUCGCAACACCUGCGCGGCAUCGGCCGCAAAGGAAACGACGUGUACAAGUACGAGCGUUUCCUGCCCCAAGGCAUCAGUGCAGCUGUCGGAAGCGUGUAUGCACCCGUGACGUUUGGUGGUGCAAGCAUUCCCGUCGUUCUAUUCCGACUCCGGUCCGAGAACAAGGAGUUUGGGUACGAUGACAUGGGCAUCAGUGCCGAGCAAUCGCCGUUCCUGGUGGGCUCGGGAAGCGUUUUGGACGCCGCGCCGACGCGGAUCAUUGCCAAGCGUGCCGUACUUUCUGGCCAUCCCUACAAGCUGCAUAAGCGUAUCGCUACGAUCCGCUUUAUGUUUUUCAAUGCCGACGAUGUGCGGUACUUUGCCCCGAUCACGCUGCGGACAAAGUACGGCCGCACCGGUCAUAUCAAAGAGUCGCUCGGCACGCACGGCUACUUUAAGGGUAUGUACAAUAUCUACUGA